AUUGGCGUAUUGUAUUGCAUUUGCACUUUUUUAGGUUAUGUCAUAUGUUAUCUGAUAUCUCUCUGAUGGACUGUUUAGUGUUUCCAAUAAUUAUAAUUUAUAUUUUCUAAUGAACGAGCCAAGUUUUUAAUUAAAAAGAUGAGUGAAAUAUAUCAGGUAUCACCUUGGUAUGAUACAGAAGAAUGGAAUCGAGUAUAUAAUGAUAUAUUUGGGGUAACGUCAACUCUUACUACAAAAAAAAAUGCUCUUGACCAGCUCUUUAUUUGGAAAGCACGGUGUCCUUCUUUACCUUCUGGCAUUGAAGCUACAAUAAGUUUGCUAAAUAUACACAUCCAGGACCAAGGCCGGCACUAUGAUAUAUGUAACGAUCAUGUACUUCGCUUAGCUUACUCUUCUGCAUUGAUGCGGUUUGUCAAUGUUAUGUUUGAUAAGGAAACUAAGAAAGGCCUUAGCUUGUUUCAAGCUGCAGACACUUUUGGGAUCCCAGAGUGGAUUAUAGACUUACGUCACAACACUGCGCACAGUAAUAUAGUUCCCCAUAUUGAGUUAUUAAGAGAAGCAUCUGUUAUAAGUUUGGACUGGCUGCAGAAAAAUUAUUGGGAUAAACAUAAAUCAUGCAUUAGUGACUAUAUCGUUGGCAGUGUGCACAUUGAAACAGAAAUUGAAAAAAAGAUAACAUCGCUUAUGAACUUUUGUGUUUCCCUAAGUAUUUGUUCACAUCCCAAAUGCAAUAUAAAGAAUUUAGCUGAAAUAACUGAUAUUCAUUUGAGAGAAUCUUUAGUUAACGAUGCUAAAGAAGUAUGUGAAGACCUUGAUUUCUCAAAUUUAAAAAUCAUUUCUAUAGAUACUCUAGGAAAUAUACUUAAUAUUCAAGCUAAGAAGAUACUGAUUGAUGAAGCUUCCUCUAGUUAUGUUAACAGAGCACUAUUGUCAAAUGAGUCUGCAUUUAUUUCCAUAGAAAUAUUAAAAUCUCUAGACUAUAUUGGUUAUACUACUGAUAAACCUUUAAAUACAGAAUAUGUGCAAUGUUUCACUGGACUUUUGAGUUUUCUUUUCACAUAUGACUUGUUGAAAGAUUUUGUAUUGGAGCUUAUUAAAGUAACACAGAGUGAACAUGAGAACAGUGUUAAAUGUAAACUUGCAGCUAAAUGGGUAUCUGUUAUAUUGAAAGCUCUAAAAAACAAUCAACAAUUUAUGGAAAAGAUAUAUAAGGCAGAUACUGAUAUAAUGUCAAAGGAUGAAAAAGAGUUAAAAAGUUUAUACUAUCACUGGUAUCCUAACUAUAAGAAGAGAACUUUAUUUUUGGAUUUGCACAAGUCAAUUCCAAGGGAGUUUACCAAUAUCAAUUUCAUCCAGCCAAUAAUAUCAACUUACAAUCCCUAUCUAGUGUUAUUUAUCAGAGAUCUUUUAACCCUAGUACGACCUCAACUAUCUGAUUCUGUUAAGACAAAAAUAUGUAAACUUGCAAAAGUUAUUGCAUCACCAGAAAAAUUCCCAGUUAUGUCUCCAAAAAUAUAUACAUCAGAUGAUCUUGAUCCGGCAAAUAAUUUAGAUUCUAUAAAUGAAUCUAAACAUUAUGAAGAUGUAAAAAUUAUGGAGGUCCAAAUGGAGAGCAAAAAUAAAGUUGAUAAGGAUGGAAGUAAGCAGAAGUUUGGAGUGUGGCAAUUAGCUUCUAAAAAUGCUUCUUGGGCCACAUGUCCUAUAGGACAACUGCCUUGGACUCAACUAACUAAUGAACCUAUGGAAAGUCAGUGAUUUGAUUAAGUAUAAAAAUUAAAGCCAGUUAGUUAUCCACA